ACUCGUUACUUAAAAAUAGUCGUGAUAAGUCGCAGACACGAAAAUAUCGCACAUCCCUAGGGGAGCUGUGUGAGCGUGUGUGUGUGCGUGCGGGUGUGUGAAUGAAAAACUGGCAACUGUGAAAAUAUAACCAAAAAUAAAGGCAAAUCUGUAUUGAGUGCGUUGCCUUAACGCCAUCGACAGUGAAAUCAAAGUUGCCAUCGACAGCUGAGAAGUCGCAGCAGCAGUUGGAGCAGCAACAGCAGCCAUGGCGGACACUGCGACGGCAGCGACAACUGCGGCGGCCACUAAAAAGAAGUUUAAAAAUAAAAACAAAAAGUCACAGCAGCAGCAACAACAACAAAAAACUGAGCCAGAGACAGCACAAGGCUCAGCGGCAGUUAAAGCUGCUCAUCAGCCAAAUGGACAUGUCCCGGAUGCUAGGAAUGCCGCUGAUGAUGCGGAUGUUGAACUGAUCAACGGUAUUAUGCAGCAGGUGCAACUGUGUAAUGGCCAUGCCAAGGAUAAGGCAAUGACAAAGGCAAAAGCAAAAGCAAAGGCUGAAUCGGUGGGGGCUGAGAUGCUUACAGUCACGGCCACACUCAAUGGGCAUGUGAAUAAGAGUGCUGCUAUUAAUAACAACAAUCAUAUUAACAAUAACAACAAUAGCAACAACAACAACAAUGUUAACAACAACACCAGCAACCGCAACAAGAACAACAAUAACAAUAGCAGCAGCAGCGGCGGUAAAGCGAAAAACAACAACAAGUCCCAAUCUGCAGUUGAAGAAAGUACGGAGUCCAAGUUGUUGACAGCAUCGGAUCCAUUGCUGGAGGAGGCGGAGGAGGAUGACGAGGAGCAGCAGCAAACGACAGGUGUAAAAGGCGCCAGCGUAGUUGCGACAAGUAAAAGCACUGCCAACACACAAACAACAUCAGCAACAACAACAAAGACAACAGCCAUGGCCAUCGCAACAAGAGGCAGUCCACAGGAUGAGGCGCCCUCGACAUCAGCUGCUGCGGCUGCCGCUGCAGCGCAGCCACAACCGCAGUCACAGCCACAACCACAGCAAUCCCAGCUUCAGCUCGAACCUGCCAUUUCAGCCGAUGAAAUCAUUUACAAGGAAUACGAAGCCGAGCAUCAGAUGCAUGAUAUAAUGCGACUGAUACAGGCGGAGCUGUCCGAGCCAUAUUCAAUAUACACUUACCGCUACUUCAUUUACAAUUGGCCAAAAUUAUGCUUCCUAGCCUCGCACGAUAAUCAAUAUGUGGGCGCCAUUGUAUGCAAGCUGGACAUGCAUAUGAAUGUGCGACGCGGUUACAUUGCGAUGUUGGCGGUGCGCAAGGAAUACCGCAAGCUAAAGAUCGGCACCACGCUGGUGACCAAAGCCAUCGAGGCCAUGCUCGCUGACAAUGCUGAUGAAGUGGUGCUGGAAACGGAAAUGCGUAAUGAGCCGGCGCUGCGUCUAUAUGAAAAUUUGGGCUUUGUGCGUGAUAAACGACUAUUUCGUUACUAUCUUAAUGGCGUGGAUGCACUGCGUCUCAAGCUCUGGUUUAGAUGAGCCAACGCAAUAUCGGAAGAUACUGUCGAAAUUAUUGUCUAGUGGCCGCCAAGCGAGAGCUCUACAAAAAAGAUGCCUUGUUUUUUUUUUUGUGACUAUUUAUAUAGUUAAAAACCCAACGUUUUCCUUGGGCUGGCUUCCACACACACCCAAACAAACACACACACCUCUGCAUACUGUCCGCAAGAACAGGACUCUUGUUUGUUUCUUCUAAUCCUUUUUUUUUCUAUAUAUAAAUAUAUACAUAUAAGUAUAUAUUAAUUUUACUAGGCGUUUGUUUGUCGGUCGAUUUAGUUGCUGAAGUGGCGCAUGACAAACAAUCAUUUUGUACCUAUGAACUAGGAUUUACAAAUUAAUUUUCAUUAACUGUAUGUAAAUUAUUUUAAUUAUUUAAGCGUAAUGGCAACAUGAAGCAGAGCAACAAACAAAAAAAAUAAUAAACACACACAACAAGAAUAACAAAUGGGAAUUCAUAUAGAAAAUUAACAAAUACAUAUGCAAUACGUGAUUGACACACACAUACACAUACAAACAUAAGGCGCAUAAGCAACAGCUACAACAACAAGAACAACAACUAUCACAUAUUCAUAGCAAUAUGUAAUCAUAGCAUUAAAAAAGAAGAGAACACGAAAAACUUACAUUGAAAACGUACAUAUGUUUAACAAAUUAAUACACAUACAUUGAAGAUCAAAACCAUUUGCAUAAGUGAAUAAACACACACGUAUUAUAUAAAUAUAGCCUUUUGUUAUACAUAGAUACAGACAUGCAAAUACAUACAUACAUACACACAUAUGUUAAAUCAAAUUUCGUGUGCUAAUUUGUAGCAUUUUAAAACAUUUAUGAAAAUAGUUGAAACGAAUGAAAGAAGAGAAACCCGAAACAGAAAGAGAAAAAAAAAAUAAGAUUGAGAAAAAAGAAAUUAUUUGAAAAUGGCAGCAUGAGGCGCGUUGUUAACGAUCAAGACUUUGCCGUAAAUUAUACAAAAUAUAUAACUAAUAA